AGAAAGGUUACUAGGCAACGUCAGCGUUACCUAAUACAUAUUCAUGAGUCUAGUAGGGUUGGUGUUUUCGGCAUCAGAGGAGUUCCAGUUGCGCGGUUUCCAUUGCCCACACACAAACUGAGUUUGACGGGUCUUUAUGGUCACAACGAGGCGUGUUUUGAACUGAUUCUGACCUACAUCAGAAGCAGCGCUUUAUUACACUUUCAGUCGCGGUUUAAGUCACGCUGAGUGAUUGACACGCCGCGGGACACAGACCUACAGGAAGUAGAAGAACCACAAUGGGGCUGAAGACUGAAGACUGAAGACUGAAGACUUUUCUGAGCGUGCUGUAGAAGAUCAUCGACGGCCAGAGCUCAGCAGAACCGCUUCUGAUGGCGGGAAACAUCCCAUCGGGUCUGUUGGAGGCCUGUUUGGUGCUCGGAGUCUCUAAUGAGCGUCUGAAAGACAUACAUCUGACGCAGCUGCAGGGUAAAGGUAAAGAGCCUCUGGUGGAGGCGGAGGUGCUGCAGGUUCACGCUCCUCCGUUUGUGACGAAGGAGAGCUCCAGUAACGGCACUCAACAGGAUCUCGAUUCAGCCUUCUGCAGAGGCCAGCGGAGACGCUCCUUUAAGAAGAAGAGAGACCGACCGCUUUCCACCAUCAGCGACUCCGGCCAAACCAACGAACCAGUGGUGUCCGGCUCAGACGACCUCAGCGUUCCUCAGAACAUUGACCUGAUAGCCCUGCUGCAGCUCUGCUUCCCAGAUGGGUUGAGAAUAACCAAUGAGAGCAGAGAAGACAGCUAUCAUUUCCUGGUGUUCACCGAUGUGUUUGGGAACCAGACUCAUGGUGUGGUGGCUCAGUACUGCAAACCGGUUCAUUACCAACAAGAUAACGGGAUUCAUCAAAAUAGUCAGCAGUUGAAAAAACUGCAGCGUCUCUACACCACGUUCAGCAUUUGUGUCAUCUCCAAAUAUCCUUAUUAUAACGCCCUCAGAGACUGUCUGUCCAGUUUCUUGCUCCAGCUGAAGACGUCCCGCAUGUGUGACUUUGAAGAGCAGGUGAAGGAGUUUUCUGCCAAACUGGCUCUGGUCCCCAUCCCACCCCCCGGGCCGCUGAAUGUGGUGUUCAAUCUCAGGCCCUUUCUGAUUGAACUUCCCUCCCGACUGGAUGUGGAUCGGCCCGUCAUGGACCUCGAUCUUCACCUGCCCUUUCUGUGUUUCAAACCCAAACAGAUCCUGCAGAUCAUCAGCAGUAUCCUGAUGGAGCAGAGGGUGGUGUUUCUGUCCACCAACUGGGCCAAACUCACGCUAGUCUCCGAAUGCUUCAUGGUCUUCAUUCACCCGCUGCGCUGGCAGCAUCCGUUCGUACCCGUCCUGUCUCGCCAAAUGCUGGACUUCAUCAUGGCGCCCACCGCCUUCGUGAUGGGCUGCCACACGUCCCACUUCGAGGAGGUCGCAGAGGAGUUGGACGAUCUGGUGCUUAUAGAUAUUGACAAAGGAACAGUGUCUUCUUCAACUUCAAACAGAUUUGAUCUUCCAGAUGUGCCACUGACAGCCAGAGACUGUUUUAUAUUCCGAGCUAAAGGACUGCAGCUUCACUAUGAUCUGGAUGUGUGUGACGCCGCCAGCCGAUCUGACAUCAACGAUCAGCGCGCUCACAGGAGACAGUGGCAGCGCAAAGUCAACUCCGUCAUCCUGAACGUCAGCAUGGAGCUCAUCGUCAACAUCUUCAGUGAGGUUUGUGAUUUCCUGAACUAUGAGCAUCGUGUUUUCAACAGCGAGGAGUUCCUCAGGUCCAGAGAGAUGACCGACCACACGUUCUACAAGAAGGUUUUAGACACUCAUAUAUUCCACUCAUUUCUACGGGAUCGUUUGAACCAAAGGAAUGACGCUUUCACUCGCAUGCAGCUUAACAUCCGCUCAUCCGAGUCUCGCAGGAUAAAGACCUUGACAGUGUCUCCACGCAGACCCACGAUGGAGGCGAUCAACCGCAAGUUCGUCCAACCAGAGAACGGCCUGAACAGAAGGCUGGGGAUGAGUAUGCCAAACCUGGCGGAUCACCGGCUGCUCACGGUCCCGAUACGACAGACGUCCAUGGGGACCAUGACGUUCCAGAGCGCAGGUUCCUGGAGUCCCUCAAGGCUGAUCAAAACGUUUAAACUCCCAGAUUUCCCGCCACCGCUCUCCUACCAGUACGUUCAGAAUUACUACAAUGACCUCAUCAGAGACUUGAGCAAAGCCAUCUCCGGUGCAUCCCCAGAUGACUCCGCCCUCCUGGCACGUUACUAUUACCUGCGCGGGCUGGUGAACUCUGUCGCUGGGAAGCGUCUGGAUGCCCUCACAGACUUCCAGAGCUUGUAUAAGACAGACAUGGAGAUCUUUCCUGCCGAGAUGCUGAACGUGCUGGUUGAGUCUCUACCGGUGGAGGAGAGGAAGACGGCCGAGCGACGCCCUGAUUUGAAGCGUCUGAUCAGCCGGGUGAAAAGAGAGAGUGAUCGAGAGAGGGCUCGACCAGUGGAUGGCGGGUCGGUGAAGAGAUUCAAACUGCCCAAGAAACACUUGCACAUGGAAGACUUUGUUCGGCGUGUUCAGGAGUCGGGUAUCGUGAGAGAUCAGGGCACCAUCCAGCGGCUGUUUGAGGCGCUGACUGUGGGUCAGCAGAAGCAGGUGGAUCCAGAGACCUUCUGCUUCUUCUACAACUUCUGGAAGGAGUCCGAGGGGGCGUCUCAGGACGUGGAUCUGCCGGUCGUCGUGCUGGAGCACCUGGAGACCGACGAAUGUGUCUAUAAGCUCUCGUCCUCGGUGAAGACCAGCCACGGCGUGGGGAAGAUCGCCAUGACCCAGCGCAGGCUCUUCCUGCUGACGGAGGGACGGCCGGGAUACUUCGAGAUCACCAAGUUCAGAGAUAUCGAGGACGUGAAGAUCUCUUCUGCACCUUUCCUUCUGCUGAGGAUCCCGACGCUGAAGAUCAAAACGUCCCACAGGAAGGAGACGUUCGAGGCCAAUCUGAAGUCGGAGUGUGACGUUUGGCACCUGAUGAUCAGAGAGAUGUGGGCCGGGAGGAAGAUGGCGGACAACCAUAAGGACCCUCAGUUCAUGGAGCAGGCCUUGACUAACGUUCUGCUGAUGGACGCUGUGGUCGGCAGCCUGCAGUCCCAGAAAGCCAUCUUCGCUGCUACCAAACUGGCCUACUUUGACAAGAAGAAGCAUGAGGUGCCCACGACGGUCCCUGAAACUACAUCUGAGACCCUGAAACACAAGAUCAACCCGUCUCUGGACCAGACGGCUCCUCAGGCGGUGGACAUCCUGCUCUACACACCUGGGCAGCUGGGUGUUUCGGAGCUGGACGGCGGUGGAAACCCAAAGCUGUGGUGCGCUUUGAGCGAUGGGAAGGUGCUGGUGUUUGACGCGGCCAGCUGGACGAUGCAGCACAACUCGGUUCAAGUGGGAAAGUCCCGUCUGAAUUGCAUGCUGGCAGUGAACCAGCAGCAGCUGUGGAUCGGCUCAAAGGAUUCUUUCAUUUACAUCAUAAAUUCACGGAGCGUUUCCUGCAACAAACAACUGAUGGAGCAUCGUGGUGCGGUCACGGGACUCGCCCUGGAGGAGAGAACAGACAGAUUCAGUCAGACGCUGGCGUACUCGUGCAGUGAGGAUAGCAGUGUGAUCGUGUGGGACGUGUCCACGCUGCAGGUCAAAGGACAGUUCAGAGUCCCCUGUGUCAGACCGCAGUCCAUCCAGAUCCAUAACGGCAUGCUGUGGUGCUGUGGAGGUGAUUGUCUGCUGGAAGUGCGCAGGAACGGCACGGUUCAUCGUAAGGUGUCUCUUCCAAAUCACCUGCUGAGCUCACCGAGGGGCUUCAGCAGUUUCCUGCUCUUUAACGAGUCGGAGCAGCUGUGGGCCGGUUUCGCAGACGCAGGGGAGCUGUGUGUGUGGCACUGCAGAGACCUGAACAAACCCUUCAUCAGGAUCCAGCUCAAAGACUGCACCGCCGUCGUCUGCAUGAUCAGAGUCAAGAACCAGAUCUGGGUGGGCUGCCACGGACGCAGCCCCGAGGGGAAAACCCGCGGGAAGAUCUACGUGUUGAACAAGGAUCGAUACACGGUGGAGAAGGAGCUGAUGGCACAUGAAGACAGCGUCCAGACUCUGUGCUCGGCUGAAGAUCGAUACGUGCUCAGCGGAGCCGCGCGGGCCGACGGCAAAAUCGGCAUCUGGAAAGUGGAGUAGAACCCAGCCGGAACAUGUGAUCCGUUUCAGACUUUGCAAACCAGAGCGUGUCUUCAGAAGAAGCCGUGUAAAUGAAGAAACGCAGUGCAUGCACACACGGCCAGAUUUACAUGCACUUUAUCACAUGCAUGUCAUCAUUCUCAAUAUAGAAGGGAAGGACAUUUAAACACUACAUUUUAUAUCAAUUCUUCAGUGUUAUAUCAGUAUUUAUGUCUGAAUAUGAUUUAUGAUUUAAGGGUUUCCUCUGGACUGUUAUUAGAUGAGCUCAAGGCCAAAAACAGCACACUAAGGGAGAAACAUGUGCCAGUGUAAAGUGCUUGAUUACUUGAUCGUCUUUGAAUAAUGAACAGCUGGUGGCAUUUUAAAAGAUGUGAAAAUGCACUUUAGUCUCCAACACAACACUACUUAUCUUCUCGAUGAUAAACGUAGUUCAGAUGUGUAUUUUUUAAGUAAAAGAAGAACAAUAAGCCUCAUUGAUGAGUCUGAAUUUUCAGUGCCUUCAAACGUGAUGACGGUCUCACUGUCUGCGUGCAUCUGUUUCACACCAUAACUUUUGUAAAUGCAGUUUAUCGUUUGUUAUAUCUGUUUUUAUCCAUUUUUAAUAGCCAAAGCGUUUUACUUUUGUAUUUGUUCAUGAAUGUCAUUUUGAAGACUGGGGUUUGGAUAAUCAUUUUAGAUGAAAUGAACAAAAAGACUUGUGUAUUAAACUAAUAAAACUCUCUGGACUUGA